AUGAUCAGUGCUAGUAGGCGCUGGUUGCGGCGCAAUCGCAAGGGCCUUGCGAUCGGAGCUGGCGUCCUGGGAGCUGGCUACCUCGCAGGGCAGUACAUACUGUCCAAGAUAUCGGAGGCCCGGGAGCGCAUGAGUAGCGACCGCAUAGCCCGGGAGAACUUGCGGCGACGCUUCGAACAGAACCAAACCGACUGCACAUAUACCGUUCUGGCUCUUUUGCCGACGGCGGCGGAGGAUAUCCUGGAGGCACUGCCUGUGGAGGAAUUGACCAAGGAGCUACAGAAGAAGCGUGCGGAGCGGCUGGCUCGCCUCAACGCUGGGGAAGGAACGGGUUCGGACCUCAGCUCCGUAUCCCCCAGCAUAGCGGACGACGAUCGACGGAGCUUGUCUAGCUUCCAAAGCGACAGCUUUGUGCGUACGAGUCAGCUAGGAGAGCCAUCUUUUGAGGGUGGUGGAUCGCCCCAGCCAAAGCGGAACAAGACCCAACUCUGGAAUGAGGUCAAGAUCACCUCUGUUACUAGGUCGUUCACACUUAUCUACACCCUGUCCCUCCUGACAAUCUUCACCCGAAUCCAACUCAACCUUCUUGGCCGUCGUAACUACCUUUCCAGCGUGAUCUCCUUGGCCAGCCCCCCUACGGACGCGCCAACAAUCCGACUAGAGGACCACGACGAUGAUGACCUCACGCAGACCCUGGGCAAUGACUUUGAAACAAAUCGUCGAUACCUUGCCUUCAGCUGGUGGCUUCUUCACCGUGGCUGGAAGCAGUUGAUGGAUGAGGUGCAGACCGCCGUAACAGAGGUGUUUGGCCCUCUGCAUCCUAGGGAGGAUGUCUCCCUAAGCAAGCUCUCAGAAUUGACUCUGCAAGUUCGGAGGAAAAUCGAGGGCGAUACCGAGGAGAAUAGAAAACACCGGAAAUGGCUGUCUUACUUGCUCCCCCCUCAGGAAGAGGAGAAUCUCCUGCUGGAUGCGUCUGGGGUUCUUCGAGUGAUAGAACCCUCGACACCUCAAACGACAGCAACGCUGCGCCAUCUCCUGGAUGAGACGGCCGAUCUGAUCGACUCCCCUACCUUUACUCGUGUUAUGCUGCUUCUCAACAACGAGUGCUUCCAGACCUUGAUCCAGCAGUGCAUGGCGGAUGCCUUCAAGUUGUCCUCGCAGGCACCUGGGUCCGUUCCGCAGUCGUUCUCGUCGGUUGCCACGGUCGUCCCUAUGCCCGACAGCUCGGAUCCGCGAACGAAGCUGGCAAAUGUGCUGGCCGUGCUGGCCCGACAGGCCCACGUCAUCGGGAAUGGGACAGCACCUCCAAAUUUGUACCUGGCGGCAAUGGACCAGGGGGUGCGAGAGUUGGAGGCUUUCGCAGCAGCCGAGGAUCACAUUGAGGCGUUGGUAUCUGAUCCUCCCCGCCUCACUACGACUACGGAGCGCAAGCUUAUGGCCAAGAUUGACUGGCAUAUUGUCCCAUGUUUAUGCGUCCUGUAUCUGCUUGCCUUUCUGGAUCGAGUGAAUAUUAGCAAUGCUGCCGUCCUCGGGCUUCAAAAGGACCUCCAUAUUGUCACUGGAACCAAUUACAACACUGUUUUGACGAUGUUCUUUAUUCCAUAUGUCAUUUUUGAGAUUCCGUCAAAUAUCCUACUCAAGAAGUUGAGGCCCCAUGUAUGGUUGUCUAUUUGCAUGUUCAUGUUCGGUGUGGUCAUGAUCUGCCAAGGAUUUGUCUCGAGCUGGGGUGGACUGAUGACCACGCGCUGGUUCUUGGGAUUAUUUGAAACUGGCAUGUUUCCCGGAUGCUUUUAUCUCUUGGGCAUGUGGUACAAACGUAGUGAGGCGCAGAAGCGAUUCACCUUCUUCUUUAGCUCCACUACACUGGCAGGUGCCUUUGGGGGCCUUCUUGCAAGUGGUUUGGGGAAGAUGAACGGGGUCCGAGGAUAUGGAGGCUGGCGGUGGGUCUUUAUUGUUGAAGGCAUCAUCACCUGUGUUGUCGCCCUCAUCUGGUAUUUCGUCAUUCCAGGCUUCCCCGAAGACGUCAAAUGGCUUGACGAGGAGGAGCGAACAUAUAUCCGGGCAAAGCUGGCCCAGGAUGUUGGGACGGCCGGACAUGACGCCCCGAUGGGUUUGCAUGAUGUGUUAGCUGUUUUCAAGGACUGUAAACAAACUCUUCAUUGGCGGAUUUAUGUAUUUCGGCCAGAUUGUCACUGCAUACGGAUAUGCUCUUUUCGCUCCUACCAUCAUCAAGACCUACGGCUAUGGAGGUAUAUAUAUAUAACCCGGUUGAAUCUGUACUCGAUUCCACCGUGGGCAGCUGCCUUUGUCUUUUCCAUGGUUAUUGCAACACUUUCCGACAAAGCCAGGCACCGGUUUGCCUUUACUCUGGCUCCCAUGAUGAUUGCCAUGGCGGGGUAUGGAAUACUGUUGAACAUUCAUGGAAAGACCCACCGGCACGUCGAGUACGGAGCGCUCUUUAUGGUCACCUGUGGCAGCUACAGCGCGAUGCCGGUUAUCAUAUGCUGGUUUGCCAUGAACCUAGGGGGCCAUCGGCGACGUAGUGUAGGCACGGCAUGGCAGAUAGGAUUUGGUAAUAUCGGGGGGAUUAUAUCCACCUAUUCGUUCCUAGCGAAAGAUGCACCUCUCUACCGCGAUGGCUACAUCAUCGGCUUGUCCUUCCUCUGCUUUUCGGCCGCCUGCUGCAUUGCCUAUUUUGUGGCUGUCUGGACGGAGAACAAGCGGCGUGACCGGGUCAUGGCCAAUGGUGCCUCAGUGGAGCUUCGCGCAGAAGAACAAGAGCACUUGGGAGACCUGGCGGUGACCUACCGCUAUUCGUACUAA